AGCCCCACCCACCCGAACGCGAGAGACCAACGAGAGCUGGGGGCCGUGCCAUGUGCCCUGCCUCUCGCUGAGGCGCAUGAACCGCACGCCAUGGGCAGCGGGUGCUUCAAAGCUUCAGCCUACGAGCCUUUGGUGGCACUGGACGAGCAGCCCCCCGGCCCGCCGGAGCUGCAGUUGCGGCUCAGCCCUGUGCUUCGCGCAUCAACGCGACCAGGAAAGUGCAGUGUCCAGGAGUUGGACGUGGUCCUGCAGUGCCUGGAAGGCCCAGAGGGGCAGGCCGAAUACCUGGUUCACUGGGCAGCCCGGCAGACCCCAAAGGCUCGCAGCGGCCUGGUAGCCUUGCUCCAGCGGGCCCUCGGACGGGUCUUCAGGCCGUGCGCCCUGGCGGCCGCAGAGGCGCUGAAGGGCAAGGAGGAGGGCGCGGAGGGCGUGGAGCUGGGGAAGCUUGCAGCACUCUGCGAGGAUGCGCUGAGGCUCGGCCAGGCCUUGCGGUCCUCCACCGCGUGCGCGUGCAAAGUGCUGAGCGCGGUCGCCCACAUGCCCGGCGCCGGGCCUCCAUCCGAGUACGUGGUGCAGGACCUGGACAGCAUCGUGCUGCUCUUCCAGCGCGCCUUCAUCGGGCAGCGGGCCAACGCUGCCAAGCAGCUGCAUCAGCUGCGCGAGCUUGAAGCAGAGACUGGCCUGCCGCCAGUGCAGGAGCAUUUGGCCCUGCUGGGGGGUCAGGCCAAAGGCCUGCUGCUGGGCAUGCUACUGGUGCCGGAGGAUAAACCUCCUUGCACCGUCGUCUUAGCGCGUGAAGGUGGGCUGGCCGACGUCGCGGGCCAACUGCCGGAGUCGCACACCAGCAUCCUUCUCCCAUAUUUCGAGGAUGCCACCGGCACCAAGACGGUGCAGGGCCGGCGCGUGGAGGGCGGCGAGGGCCACGGGCUCCGGAAGGAGUUUUUCACUGCCAUGUCUGCAGACGCCCAACGGCGCUGGGGCAGGCUGUCGGUCGCCUCGGAUGCAUUUCUCGCACCAGGCCUGGUGGUUUGCACGGGGAACCGCAUCAAGCUGCAGGCCCUCGAGGCUCCAGUGUCGGAGCUGCAUCAGCUGCUGAUGGCGGCCAGCAACGGGGACCGGUUGAAGCUGAUAUUCGGUACCGGACAAGAGUGUGAACGCAUUGUCACCGGCAGCAUGCCCAUGCCGGGUGGGGGCUCUUCUGUCACCGUGGACAAAGCCUUCGAGGAGAACUGGGCGGAGUUGACUCUGCAGAGGUGCGAGGUUCAGAAGCCGGCGCUGCCGCUCUUCGAGUUUCACCGUGGCACAGGCCAGCAGUGGUUCUCAUCCCACGGGAACUCCCUGCACGACGACCUUCGGGGUGAGAGCCUCGCAGUACGGUACCGCACCUUCGGGAAGUUGCUGGCGCUGGCGGUGGCGAACCAUUGCAAGCUCGCCUUUGCGCUGCCUCUGUUGUUCUUCCAAUUCCUCCUGCAGCGAGACCGCACGGCCAAGCUCGACGACCUGAAAGGCUUCGACAACGCCCUGCAUGCCUCGCUGAGGAAGGUCCUCAAGAUGAAGCCAGCGCAGUUCAAGCAGAUCAAGGAGCUGGAAGGGCGAUCAGACUUGACCCGGGAGGACUAUGUAGCAGAGCAGGUGAAGGCCAUCCUGUGUCCGGAGGGGCUGGACGAGGUGCGUCGGGGCUUCUGGAGCGUGGUGCGCCCGGAAGUUCUGCAGGACAUCACGCCGCCGGAACUGCGGCAGAUUGUUUGCCCCACGGUGCCUGUGCGCGAGGACAUGAGCGUCCGGCAGAUUUUCCGGGUGGUCUUUGAGGAUGACGUCAGCGAUAGCCAGCCGCUCGUAGAGGCACUCUAUGCCGUGCUGGACGGGCUCUCCAAGACUGACAAGAAGAAGUUUCUGAUGUUUGUCACGGGCAUCGAGGUGCCUCCGGAGCCUGGCACCGAGCAGCUGACGGUGCAGAUGCCAUUCAGCGCCUUCUCCAAGGACGAGCAUGUGGAGAUGCUGGGCAAGCUUCCUCAGGCGCACACCUGUACGAAUACCCUGGAGUUGCCCAAUUACUACGAGUCCUUGCAGGAGUCGGGGCGCUACGAGCCGCAGGAGGGCAAAGCAAGCCGGGCGCUCAUGACGGAGCUCAAGAGUAUGCUGAAGGAAAGGCUUUGCACGGCCAUCAAUGAGACAGACAGCUACGAGCUCGAUGCGACCGGCGCUGGCGAGCGCUGUAGCACGCCCCUGGUGGUGCCACCGCCCCCUGGCCCUUGGGCCGGCCCCAGGCCGGUGACGCCCAGCUUCAGCAAGCCGCAGCCGCCCGCGCUGGAGCUCUCCAAGGACACGAGUCGCGAGACCGACAGCAGCACCAGCCCCAGUACCAUGACGCGGCUGCGUGUGAAGGAUUCGUUGGAAAGAGGCAGCAGUGACACGGAUAGUGGAAACCAGCAGUUGAGCUCACGCAGCAUGCAGUCGCUUCGCAGCGAUAUGGUGCAAGCUGAGCCCUCGAGUACCAGACGCAUGGACGUGGACUCCUUGCUUGCCUCCUUGGAGGAGGAGACGGUCAGCCGCCAUUCGCCAUCACCUGAAAGGCCGAAGCGGAUGCAAGACGUGGAUAGUUUGCUGGAAGACUUAGACGCAGCUCUGAUGACUUGACGCUGUGACGUUCUGAAUUUGCACGUGCCUGCCUUGCGUAGAUUUGGCCGGGGACAAGUGGCCGCUUGCGAUUUUUAGAAGGAGAGAGGCCGAUAAGAUGCCUCGAGGCCAUGAUUUCGAUGCUCGC